CACCUAUUGUCUAUGUAACCCUCUCCCCUCUGCCCGUCUCUCUGCAGUUGCCAGAGUCGGCCACCUCGCUCCCCCCUCGCCUGCCGGCCGAGACGGCAGAGAUUAACCAGGGCGACCUGACCGACGCACUCAUCGAUACCGAACGCACCCGCCGCAACUCUGCCGACGGGGCAGGUGGGGUUCCGCUGGUUCGCCAGGCCUCCCCCGUCUCCGUCUACCUCUUCCCGGGGGAGAACGGCCAGGAGAAGCGGCCGGUGCUGCCCCCGGUGGCCGGUGCCGACACGCCGGACGCAGCGUUCCCAUCAGACGGCAGCGAGCCCGAGAGCGACUCCACCGACAACGACGACUUCUGCAUCCUCGACGCUCCCGGCAUGGGAAUACCGCCCAAGGACGGCGAGCCGGUGGUCUCCAAGCUGACGGCGGACGGCGUCACCGUGAAGGACAACUACUUCUCCCGGCCCAUCGGCAGCACCGACCUGCUGAAGGCGCCCGGCCGCUUCCCCGUGCCCGACACGCGCAUCAUGCUGCGCGAGAUCUCCGUCGUCUGGCACCUGUACGGGGGCAAGGACUUCGGCCCACUCCGCCCGUGCUCCGCGCACGCACACUCGCCCAGGGUGAAGCCGGCUAGCCUCAGUGCCAGGGGGUCACCCUCACGAUCGGCCUUCACCAACCGCCCACAGAAUACAUGGAGGACGCUGGGCGGCUCGGACAGAAACCACGACAUCCUCAUGGAGAUACAGCUCACCAAGGUGAGCUUCCAGCACGAGACCUACCCGUUGCCAGGCUCGGUGGCGGCGGCUGUGGACAAGGCCCCAGUGGAGCUGGUGGCCCCGGGGCCCGAGGAGCAGCCCCUGGCCCGCCAGGUCUUCAUCGUGCAGGAGCUGGAGAUCCGUGACCGGCUGGCCUCCUCCCAGAUCAACAAGUUCCUGUACCUCUACACCAGCGAGAAGAUGCCCAGGAGGGCACACUCCAACAUGCUGACCAUAAAGGCCCUUCACGUCAGGCCUGAGUCGGGGAUCGGAGGUCCUGAAUGUUGCCUGCGGGUGUCGCUGAUGCCAUUACGCCUCAAUAUUGACCAGGAUGCCUUAUUCUUCCUGAAGGAUUUCUUCACGAGUUUCGCCACCGGGAUCAAUCCCGUCGUUCCCGUGGAGUUGGCGGGGGAAGCGGUGGCCAAGCCCGAUGCCAGCCAGCGGGGAAGUGGAGCGUCUGACACCGACUCCCUGGGUCGCGACGCGGAUUCGUGCCAGGGCGGGGGGAUCGAGCUGCCCGAGAUGACCGCCUCGAUGGAGACCACGCUGAGCGAGCACAGUUCCUCCUCCACCGCCAGCUCCUCCGAACAGCCCAUCUACUUCAGGGAAUUCCGAUUUACCUCAGAGGUGCCAAUCUGGCUGGACUAUCACGGGAAGCACGUGAUCAUGGAUCAAGGCACCUUUGCUGGGAUACUGAUCGGGCUUGCUCAGCUCAACUGCUCCGAGCUCAAGCUGAAGAGGUUGUGCUGUAGACACGGGCUACUGGGGGUGGACAAAGUCAUCAACUAUGCCUUGAGUGAGUGGCUGAAUGACAUCCGGAAGAACCAGCUGCCGGGCAUUCUGGGCGGUGUAGGCCCCAUGCACUCUGUGGUUCAGCUGUUUCACGGCCUGAGGGACCUCUUCUGGCUGCCCAUCGAGCAGUACCGGAAGGACGGCCGCAUUAUCCGCGGGCUGCAGCGGGGCGCGGCCUCCUUCGGGACCUCCACCGCAUCCGCUGCACUGGAGCUGAGUAACCGACUGGUGCAAGCCAUCCAGGCCACCGCGGAGACGGUGUACGACAUCUUAUCUCCCACGCCUCCCGUAACCAAGGCCAUCGCGGAUCGGAAGAACUUGAAGAGGUGUCGGAGAGGACAACAGCCGGCCGAUCUCCGAGAGGGAGUUGCCAAAGCCUACGACACCGUCAGAGAGGGGGUGAUGGAUACGGCUCAGACCAUCUGCGAUGUGGCCACCAGAGGCCACGAGCAGAAGGGGUUGACGGGGGCGGUGGGGGGAGUGCUGAGACAGAUCCCCCCCACCGUGGUGAAGCCCAUCAUCGUGGCGUCCGAAGCCACCUCCAACCUGCUGGGCGGCAUGAGGAACCAGAUCCGGCCCGACGCACGCAAGGAGGCCUGCCUGAAGUGGCGUACGGACGAUGGCCAGGAAUGAACACUGGACACUGUGCUGACCCCCCCCCCCCUCCCCCUCCGCAGACAAGCAACACGUUCGACCGUCUGCCCGAAGGGGAAGUGCCAACAGCUUCUUGUGCCACAGUGGACAAUGGUGGAGGAUGUGUGUGUGUGCAAAGCUUGGCUCAUCGCGGAGGCCGACACGGUGAGGGAGCAGGGACUGGUUUUCCCUCCCCUCCCCUCUGCUCCCCUCCUCCCCUCCCCUCCUCUCCCCUCUUCCUCUCCCUUCUCCUCCCCUCCCCACCCGUCCCCUCCGCUCCCCUCCUCCCGCACGGCCCACUUGCCCCAUGAAGUACACAGAGCCUUGUUUCCCUGGGAGUUGGUCUGUGUGUGUGUCU